CCGCCGCCGCUGCUGCCGCAUCCUCGUCCGCGAUCGUUUCUUCUCGGCGUCGUUGUCGCGUGCUCGUCGCGGCCGUCAUCGUCAUCGUCGUCAACAUCGUUGUCUGCGAUUCAUCGGACGGAUGUCGUCGCGACAAAGUCGCGCGCGUUCCUCGUGAGUGUUGCUGCUGCUGUUGCUUCCGCAUCGAGAGCUGCGACGCGAUUCCGUCGUAGGACGCGUUACUCGCGCGGGCUUCCCCGCGUACCUCCGCCCUGACUCGAGGACGAUAACGGAGUCGCCGUCUACAUCGCCGUCGCCACGGGCCGCGAGCAUCCCGCUCCAGAUUCAUCGCGCGGCUCCAUUAUCCCGGCGACACCGUCGCGCCGAGGCGCCGACGAGGGAGCCGUCUCGCGUCUGAAGCGGUGGACCGGUCGGUCCUUCCCCGCGCCGCUUCUGUCUCUCUUCGUCUUCUACCCCCCUCCGCCGCUCAUCGUCGGCGACCCGGCGAAGCUAAGCCGCUGCUUGCCGCGAGACGACGGCAGCAAACACGGCGUGGACACCGGACACGAGAGUCAUGUCGUCGGGAGCAGGCUCUAGUGGAACUGGACGGGGACGUGGUUCCUCCUUGGCAGACAAUAAACCAGAUAGUAAAGAAGCUAAGCCAAAUCCAAAGAUGUCAAAAGCUUUAGGAACGUCCGCCAAAAGGAUACAAAAGGAAUUGGCAGAAAUUACGCUAGACCCACCUCCCAAUUGCAGUGCAGGACCAAAAGGCGAUAACUUAUAUGAAUGGGUUUCUACCAUAUUGGGUCCUCCAGGUUCGGUUUAUGAAGGUGGAGUGUUCUUUCUUGAUAUACACUUCUCGCCAGAAUAUCCUUUUAAACCUCCUAAGGUUACAUUCCGAACGCGCAUCUACCAUUGCAAUAUAAAUAGUCAAGGAGUUAUCUGUUUGGACAUAUUAAAGGACAAUUGGUCCCCUGCAUUGACAAUUUCAAAGGUCUUACUGUCAAUAUGUUCCCUUUUAACAGACUGCAAUCCAGCUGAUCCACUGGUAGGUAGUAUAGCGACGCAAUACCUACAAAAUAGAGAAGAACACGAUCGCAUAGCGCGGCUUUGGACCAAGCGUUAUGCCACAUGAGCAUAUUCUUAAUUCGUAUUCGUAACUCCUAUUAGUCUCAUGCCAACCUAUGAUCAUUGCUGCUCUCAUACAACUUGUCUCAUAUUGUAGCCUGUGUACACAUCUCUAUGAUCAUGUUGGUCAGAAAAUACAAGUGAGCAAAGACCGUUUGAGAUCAGCUCAAACACAUGAUUGUGAUGUGCUUUUAUGUAGAGUAUGUAAUGUGCCUAAGACGGAUGAAUGUGCGUGUUUAAACAGUGUGCUAAGGCAUAACGAGACAGGAGUUUUUCACUUAAAAAAGUUACAAUGAGAUAGUAUUUAAAUGGAUUGUAUUGUUUCCAAACAAUACCACCCACGAUGCUGCUAAUAUUUCUAGAAUAGGAGAUAACAUGAACAAUAUUGAUAAUCUGUAAGUAAUUAAUAGAUAUAUAGAUUAUAAGUUGUAAGUGUAGAGGCCCAUUUUUUCAUAAUUGAGCUCCCAUAUUUUUAUAUUGAAUUGUUUUAAAUUUAAAUUAUUACGUUCAUAUAUGUGAAGCCUGGCUCGAGGUGUACAAGCCGAUGGCAUGUAAUUAUAAUUUAGCUGCUACAAAACUCGCAACUACAAUUUUGUGUUCAUAAUACAGUAAUCUUAACGCUCUGCAUGAAGCAGACGUUAUGCUUGCGCUAUCAGACAUAAUUCAAUUUGUCUGGACCUUAUCCUAUUGCAAAAAAUAUUGUAAUUGUAAAUAAAUAUUAUUUACUGUAUACUUAUACGCUGAUACAUUCAAGAAACUUGUAAUUUUGACAUCACAUUCUGUCUCGUCAAUUAUACAUACAUAUUAUAUAUGUAUGUGUAAAUUGAUGUCUGAUCAGUGAUUGCGCCAAUGAGCCCGGUUCAUUAAUUCUAAUUAGUGAUUUCUUAUCCUUUUCUAUAAAGUAUAGUUUUAAUUUUUUAUGUAUAGGUAGAGAGAAAAUUUAACAAUGACGCUAACCAAUGUUGGUAUAAUCCACGAAUGUUCUUUGUCUAUUAUUUCAUUGUAUCUAAGGAGAUACAAUUACAUAUCAAUUUUGUUGCAUACUCGAGGUCUAAAGUCCAAGUUUGCUAGAGAUUUUAUUGUCUUCGAUGUGUCAGGUAUAUAUAUGUAUUGAGCGUCUCCCGAAUAAUUUUUCAUAGUUUUUUUUAUAUUAUAUGACAAUUAGAUGAACAAGGUGAUUAAAAUCACUUUGUACAUAUCUGUUCUAAAAUAUAGGUAGUUGCUUAAAAAUAUCGGGUAGUGUGUGAGUGUAAUUAUAGUUUAUUAAAAAAAAAAUGACGAAGGAGAGAGGGGGAGAGAGGUUUACUUGACAAAUACUGAUAUUGUACAGUUUAUCAUGUAAAGUGAACACUACAUCCCUUUCGUCACGAAAUUCGAGGAAUGUAAAUAUUGCGUGAAAUGCAUGUGCAGAAUAUGCGAAUCACGCAGAAGUUCCUACUACGACAAAAAAACGAAAUAUUCUUGAAUUUUAAUUUAGUUGGCGGACUUUGGCUUCUUAUAUUUUGUAAGCCAGUAUGCAGUUUCAACUUUAUGAAUUGAAGUGUGGAAGAUAAAAAUUUCAAUCAGGAUUGUAAAUAGAAAUCAUAAGAUAGUACAUGUACAUGCCCCGUGUGCAUUUAAAAAUUACCAGAAGAUUAACAAAAUAUAAUGGAUCUCGUGUGUAUACACUAAAUAAACAUAAUUUAAAAAACCAUGCUCCUUUUUAGAACCGAUCUGAAAAUUCAAGCACAUUGAAGUCCCUUG